AUUAUUAUAAGAGAAUUGGGCAAAUAUUGAAUUACUUAAAGUAAUUUUUUUUAAAAAAAAAACCAAAUGAUGUUUUUUUUUUUUUUUUUUUUAAUUUUUUAGAGGAUGUGACUUGUCCUAAUGUUAACUACUCAGUAGUCACUACAAUAUUAUUAUUAUUUUUUUUUUAAUUUCUUUUUUGCAUAUUGCCACAUUGCCGCUUAGUAUACUCCUUCGGUUACUCUAGGACAUAAAUUGGGAAUUUCUCAAAACCCCCAGAAUUCAUUAAUCUUCAAUUUCUUUCUUUAACACCCAAAAUUACGCACAUCUCUUCUGCACCCAUUCUCCAUCUUCGCCAAUCGCUAAUUUGCCGAAUUUCGAUUUCAUAUUUACCUGCCAUUUCUCUCCUUCAAUUUCUAGGGUUUAUACGACAUCAAUUUCGCCGCUUUCUGGUUUGAAUUCUUUACUUGUUUGUUCGAUUGAAAGUUUCUUUUCUCUUUCUUAGGGUUUAUAUUUCUCAAAUUUCGUUGAUUAUUUGUCGAAUUGAUGGUAUAUAUUGCUAUUAUUAUCUGCAAUUGUUGUGGGUAGAUGGGUUAGGGUUUAGCCAAUGGGUGCCCUAACAAAUAAUCGUAAGCGGGUGGAUGAAUGUUUUAGUUUAUGUAAUCAAUCUCCUUCUAUUGUUUCAUCGAAUCAUAAUCAUUAUUAUCUUAAUCACAUUGAAUUGCAUACAUCGAAGAAACGUAGAAUUAGUAUUCAAAGCCAUAAGAAGGUGAUUACUUCACCACCACCCAGUGCUGUGUCGUGGUUAAGUCGGUAUCCGGAACCGGAGAAGCUAAGAAGGGAGGUUCAUGCUCCUGUUAGGUCGAACAGAUUUGGGCCAUUGCCGAGUGGAUUAAAGCGUAGGAGUAGUGGGCUCGGGGUGAAGGAAUCGAUGGGGAAUUUGUGGACUAAGGAUGAGCAGACGAAGCACAUUGCCGUUAAGGGUUUGCGCUAUGUUAAGGUAGGUAAGGAUAAGAAUGUUAUAGAUGUGGAAGUUGAGCCUGAGAAGGAAAAUGUGAUUUCGAAGGGGUGGGAAGAGGUGGAGAAUGUAGAAGAUGGCCAUGAAGUAAGAUCAGUUGUUUCUGAUGACGGUAGAGUGGUGAAAGGUGAUGAAUUAGAGCCACAGACCCGGGAAUUGUACGGGAAAGCAUUGAGAAAUGGUGCUAUUCAAGGUCUCUUGGCGGUGCCAGAUUUGAUCAAAGCUGAACGUUCUGGUAAAGUUGUAGCACUUGGCCGUGAGGCAUAUAGACAAUUGCUGAAUACUGUAGACCGAAAUUAUUCUCCUAGGCAAAGUACUAGAGAUUCUGAAAUCAAAAUACAAGAGGCCAAGUGGCAGUCUUUACGGGUGUCGCGGAAACAAAGGGAGAAGGCGAAAGCAAAGGAGCUGAAGAAACCAGCAGAGGGCUUGCUGCGUGAGCCUUUUGUGCCGCUGACAGAAGAGGAGCAGAGAGAUGUUGCACGUGCCUUUUCAAAUACUAAUCGGAGAAAGAUUUUGGUCACCCAUGACAACUCCAACAUCCAGAUCACUGGUGAGCAUUUGCAGUGCUUGAGACCCGGUGCAUGGUUGAAUGAUGAAGUCAUCAAUGUAUAUCUUGAACUGCUGAAAGAGAGGGAAAGAAGAGAGCCAGAGAAAUUUUUGACUUGUCAUUUCUUCAAUACAUUUUUCUAUAAGAAGCUGAUAGGUGGAAGAAAUGGCUAUGACUAUAAAGCUGUCAGAAGAUGGACCUCACAGAGGAAGCUUGGAUAUGGACUCUUGGAGUGUGACAAAAUAUUUGUUCCUAUCCACAAGGAAGUGCAUUGGUGUUUGGCAGUCAUUAAUAAGAAGGAUAAAACAUUUCAGUAUCUAGACUCAUUGGGUGGAAGAGAUCUUCAUGUUUUGAGAGUAUUGGCUAGAUAUUUUGCGGAUGAAGUCAAGGACAAAACCGGGCAAGAGAUUGAUGUUAGUUCAUGGAAGCAAGAGUUUGUGGAAGACCUUCCAGAACAAGAGAAUGGGUAUGAUUGUGGUGUGUUUAUGGUCAAGUAUGCUGAUUUUUAUAGCAGAGGCUUGGGGCUACAUUUUUCCCAGGAAAACAUGCCUUAUUUUCGACAAAGAACAGCAAAGGAGAUUUUGAGGCUAAGAGCAGACUAAUAUGCAUGAUCCUGUGAGAUAAUUCCUGUAAUGUAUUGGCAGAUGUACUUACCUACGUGAGGUGGUGGGCAAAUGGGAUUUAAAAGUUCUUCUUUGAUUGAGAUGAUAAGUUCUUUGAUUGAGAUGAUCUCAGCCAUGGGGAAAGCAUGGGGUCUUUAAUGUGCUGGAUCGUACAGAAAUUUAGAAUCUUGCAUUGUGAGUUGACUGAUAAGCUUGUAUAUAAUAUGUAGUUGUGAUUCUUGCUUACCCGCAACUCUGUCUACCCUAUUUCUUUUGGCCUGGUCCAUGUGAUUCAGGUUAAUUGUAUUGGGCUCACCAUGUUUACUGAAAAUGGAUAAUCAGUUUUCUGAUCUCAUCACAGUUGCAAUUGUAUCAGAGAUAACCAGCUGCCUCGUCAUUUUUGAAAUUUUUUAAAAAAAUUUAUUGGUCUUUUUAUUAUCUUGAGGAGUUAGGGCACCAGAAGAGUCGGUUUUAAGCUUGUUGAACGGCAGUUUGAUUUUCGGUCCUCCAUUUUAAGGUUAAGGCUUUGUUAAUUAUCGAUUAGUGAUGAGCCUAGAUGGCUUUCAGGAGUAGGUACCUUAACUUUAUCCUGAUUCUUGUUAGAUUAGUCAUUAUUAUAUAGUAUAAUGUUGCAAGAUUUUCAGAUCUUUUGAAGUGUUUAAAGGCUUGCCAUCUUGAACUAGAUGGAAAAGAGAUUUUAUUGCCAGGUUGUAAUGCCAUGUUUUUAUAGCAUCUACUUUGAUUCCUUAGUCACACAGUGAUUUUGCUAUAAUUGUAAGAUAUUCUUUGUGUCAAUUAACUCCUAGAAUUACUACC